GCGUGCGCGGUGCCCGGGUUUGGCUCAGCAGCGCGAGGCGGCUCAGUCACCCUCCCCCACCAUUGACGCUGUCGGAGACGGAGGGAAAACAACAGCAGCAGCAGCGGCGGCGGCGGCGGCGCUCACCCAGGCAACUAACCGACCCGGACCGCAAGGAUGGGUGUUCCGGCCUUCUUCCGCUGGCUGAGCCGCAAGUAUCCGUCCAUCGUGGUGAACUGCGUGGAGGAGAAGGCUAAAGAAGUCAAUGGAGUUAAAGCCCCUGUGGACAGCAGCAAGCCUAAUCCAAAUGAAGUGGAGUUUGAUAAUCUGUACUUGGACAUGAAUGGCAUUAUUCAUCCAUGCACGCAUCCAGAAAACAAGCCAGCUCCCAAGAAUGAGGAUGAAAUGAUGGUGGCCAUAUUCGAAUACAUUGAUCGAUUGUUUAAUAUAGUUAGACCCAGGCGUCUACUUUAUAUGGCAAUAGAUGGAGUGGCUCCUCGUGCCAAAAUGAACCAGCAGCGAUCGAGACGGUUUCGUGCAUCCAAAGAAGGACUGGAACUGGUUGAAGAAAAGAGACAAAUGAGGGAAGAAGUGCUUUCUAAAGGUGGAUUUCUGCCCCAAGAAGAGGUCAAAGAGCGGUUUGAUAGCAACUGCAUUACUCCAGGAACUGAAUUCAUGGAUAACUUAGCAAAGUGUCUUCGGUACUAUGUUGCUGAUCGCUUAAACAAUGACCCUGGAUGGAAAUCCUUAACUGUUAUUUUGUCAGAUGCAAGCGUUCCUGGUGAGGGUGAACACAAGAUCAUGGAUUACAUAAGAAGGCAACGAGCUCAGCCAAACCACGAUCCAAACACCCAUCAUUGUUUAUGUGGAGCUGACGCUGAUCUUAUCAUGUUGGGAUUGGCAACUCAUGAACCAAACUUCACUAUAAUCAGGGAAGAGUUCAAGCCCAACCAGCCUAAGCCAUGUGCUCUUUGUAAUCAAGUUGGCCAUGAAAUCAAAGAAUGUCAGGGUUUGCCGAAGGAAAAGCAAGGAGAGUUUGAUCAAUUAGGAAGUAAUCCUCCAAUUGGCUCAGAAGUGGAAUUCAUAUUUAUUCGACUAACUGUAUUGCGUGAGUACUUGGAAAGAGAAUUAACUAUGGCAAGCCUCCCCUUCAAGUUCGAUUUUGAGAGGAGCGUUGAUGACUGGGUUUUUAUGUGUUUUUUUGUGGGAAAUGAUUUCCUCCCUCAUCUACCAUCGCUGGAAAUUAGGGAGGGUGCAAUUGAUCGACUGGUUGGCAUUUACAAGAACGUAGUACACAAGACAGGGGGUUAUCUUACGGAGAAUGGUUUUGUCAACUUAGAACGAGUGCAGAUGAUUAUGGCUGCAGUUGGAGAAGCUGAAGAUAACAUCUUUAAGAAGAGAAGAGAUGAUGAUGUGUCAUUUAGAAAAAGGCAAAAGGAAAAAAACAAAAGGAUGAAAACAGAAGCAGCAUCUUUUGUUCUUGGUGGGCAACUUGCCCCACAACCUUUGGGCCAACGAAGUGGUGGAAGUAAACCACAACCCCUCCAGAAUGCAAGGCAAACUGCUUAUGAAAUGAGAGUACAAGGUAGAGAUCAACAAAAUAAGACAUCAGCCCACAGUAACAGUUCUAAUUCAGAUGGAAGCCCAGUGCCUCUAGGAACGAAGAGGAAGAAUGGGGAUAAUGAUGAUGACGAUGAACCACCAGAUAAUAUCAGGCUUUGGGAAGAAGGCUGGAAACAGCGUUACUAUAAGAACAAGUUUGAUGUUGAUGCUUCUGAUGAUAAAUUCCGCAGAAAGGUUGUGGAAUCAUAUGUUGAAGGUCUGUGCUGGGUUCUUCAAUAUUAUUACCAGGGCUGUGCUUCCUGGAAAUGGUUCUAUCCAUUCCAUUAUGCACCAUUUGCUUCAGACUUCACAGACAUUAAAGACAUGCCUUCCACAUUUGAAAAAGGCACUAAACCGUUCAAACCACUGGAACAGUUGAUGGGAGUGUUUCCUGCAGCAAGUGGCAACUUCCUCCCUAAAACAUGGCGAGCCCUGAUGGAGAAUCCGGACUCUUCAAUCAUUGACUUCUAUCCAGAUGAUUUUGCUAUUGAUUUAAAUGGAAAGAAAUAUGCUUGGCAAGGUGUUGCACUUCUACCAUUUGUUGAUGAACGACGGCUUAGAGCCGCUCUGGAAGCAGUUUACCCUGAUCUCACUCCUGAUGAAAUUCGACGAAAUAGUCUUGGAAGUGAUGUGCUGUUUGUUGGAAAACACCACAAGUUGUUUGACUUCAUUGUCGAAUUGCAAAAUAGUGGUGCUCAGGAUAUAGAUAUGUCUCCUGAGCUUUGCCAUGGUAUUAAAGGCCUCCUAACGUUAAAGGAUGAUGUAAUAAAGCCAGGAAAAACAGUGGAAUCUCCUGUACCAGCAUUGCAAGACAUUACUGAGAAUAAUGCAUGCAGUAUAUUAUUCAAGGAUCCUCAGUUUGAAGAUGGCUACACAUUCAAAGCUGCUUUUUUACCUGGAGCAGUAAAACCUCCCAAAGUGUUGAAACCAUCUGAUUGGGAACAAUCUAACCAAAAGCAGCCUUGGAAGCCUCGACUUGGCUUUAACCCAAAUCGGCCUCAAGUACACUUGGACCAAGCAGCAUUUAGAACACUGGGCCAUGUUAUGUCAAAAGAUCGCUCUCAAGGAGGAAGUGGUGUUUACAGUUACACCCCUCCGCCUCUUUAUCAACAAGCGAAAAAUUCUCGGCCCCCAUUGAUGAGAGCACCACCAUCUCUUACUGUCCCUUUGCCAAGUUUGAGACCACAAGAUUCAUGGCGAGGUCCACAACCACUCUUUCAGCAGCUUAUACCUCAGAGAAACCAGGGGAUUGAGCAGCAGUUGGCAUGGAAUCGUAUCUUACAGUCUCAAACUGGCAUGUUCCAGCAGAAUCAUCACAGGCUUGGAUCAAUAAUGCCAAACCCUUACCAGAGUCAGGAUCGUAGAGGACGACAGGGGUAUCCUGACAGACGUUACCCAUUGCCACCAGAUUCUGGAAGAUUUAGCUGGAAUUAAUAAUUUUCUCUGGCUCUGCAACACAAGCUGUGCCUUACAGGGUCCAGUUAACCGAUCAGCGUACACUCAAGCUGAAUUUUAACCAUUAUACCUGUAAAGAAUGCUGACCUAGUUUUUAACGUGUUUGUACGUAUUUUUGUGCUUAAUGUUUCACUUGCUGUAAAAUGGAUUCUGCAGUUUCCGUUUUUUUUAAAUUGUCAAGAUGGGGCGUGAUAAAUAUAUUGCAGAAUGUAUGCAGCAAGGUUUAGUUAACAUCAUAAUGAGUUAGUAUAUCUCAAAAUUGUUUAGAGAAAUUGAGUUUUUAUGCCUGUAUACUGUACAUCAGAAGUGAACUUUAGUAAAUGCUUAAAAUAUUUGAUUUACAAUUCCUCUCCAA